GUCAGUUGGCAGAUCUCGAGAGCGAAGGACGUUCAACGUUUGGUGACCCCUUCCACCUCGCUUUGUGUGUGUGUUUGGGUUCCAGUCACUGCCCCCUUUCUCUACGUGUCCUACGUGAAAGUCGAUCCCAACAAAAAUGGCCGCAAUGAACUCUGCCUGGCGUUUUGGUGAUAGAUACAUCGUUAAAAAGUUGGCGGCUAAAUCACGUUUAGCGUUCACGUUCCGACAUGCCAGGCCUAUUAGCCCGUACUAUGGAACGAUGUCGAGUGGCGUCUACCGGUUGUCAGGACGCUAUCCCAGAGAGUUUGGACGUCUUGGAGCUACGAGGAACCUUUCUACGAUGAGCAACUUUGAACGACUUCCUUUCAAAAAAAAGGCUUUCAUGGAGAGACCCAUUCACGUCUCGUUGGAACGGUCGUUGAAAUCUCCGUUUGCUUUACGGAGUCAGUUGAGGAACGCCAAACGAGUUGUCAUCAAGUUGGGUUCAGCUGUCAUCACUCGAGAGGAUGAAUGCGGUUUGGCACUUGGCCGAUUGGCUUCCAUCGUCGAACAGGUGGCCGAAUUGCAAAAUGAAGGCAGAGAAUGUUUGAUGGUGACGAGUGGGGCCGUCGCUUUUGGCAAACAGAAGCUAGCUCACGAACAGACGCUAUCGAUGAGCAUGAGAGAGACUCUUCAUCAACGAGACAGGCAUAGUAGCAGCACAAAGCCUUUUUUCGUGAUUGAACCGAGAGCCGCUGCAGCUGUGGGUCAGUCGGGAUUGAUGAGCCUCUACGACGCCAUGUUUUCUCAGUACGGCGUGAAGAUCGCUCAGGUGUUGGUGACGAAACCUGAUUUCUAUAACGAAGAAACUCGACGUCAUUUGGCUAGCACGGUGUCUGAACUGAUUAGCCUCAACAUCGUGCCAAUCAUCAACACGAACGAUGCCGUCUCUCCACCACCGCUGGCCGACGAAGACUUGGCUGGGGUGAUUAGCAUCAAAGACAACGAUAGUCUGGCGGCUCGAUUAGCGGCUGAAGUCCAGGCCGAUCUGUUGAUUCUCAUGUCGGAUGUCGACGGAAUCUACACGUGCCCGCCGUCGGAGGAAGGAGCCCGACUCAUCAACACGUACAGCCCUAAUCACGCGGUUAAUAUACAAUACGGCAAGAAAUCUCGUGUUGGGUUAGGUGGGAUGGACUCUAAGGUUCGUUCAGCGUGCUGGGCGUUGGAGAAGGGCAUCUCUGUCGUCAUUUGCAACGGGAUGGCCGAGAAUGCAGUGCGAAACAUAAUAGCUGGCCGUAAAUUAGGCACAUUUUUCACUGAUUGUAAAAACGGUGGGGUCAGCAUUGAAAGCGCAGCUGAACACGCGCGUGAUGGCGGUCGCCAAUUGCAGAACCUGACGGGCAGCCAACGUUCGGAUAUCAUUCAGAAUUUGGCGGAAUUGCUGUUGGAGAGACAGCCGCAGAUUCUCAAGGCCAAUUUAGAGGAUUUAAAAAUUUUAAACGAAAUGUCUACGGUGAAAAGCGGUGGUGUUGUUCCCCUUCUCGGUCGUCUCACGCUCACGCCGGCCAAACUGAAAAGCUUGAGCGACGGAUUAAAGCAAAUCGCGGACAGCAGUGCCGACAUUGUUGGCCGUGUCGUGCGACGCACUUUGCUGGCCAAAGGUCUUGAACUGACUCAAGUGACGGUCCCCAUAGGCGUUUUGCUCGUCAUUUUCGAGUCACGACCAGAUGUUUUGCCUCAAGUGGCGGCUUUGGCCAUUGCAUCGGCUAAUGGGUUAUUGCUGAAAGGCGGCCAUGAAGCUUCCCAUUCCAAUCAAAUCCUGAUGGAUGUCGUCCGCCAAGCCCUGGAUACAGCAGGAGUCCCUCAGGCCGUGUCGUUGGUUUCGACUCGCGAAGAGAUCAGCGACCUGUUGACGAUGGACCAGUACAUUGAUUUGGUGAUUCCGCGCGGAUCGGGCGAGCUGGUUCGCUCUAUCCAACAGCAGAGCCGCAAUAUCCCCGUGCUCGGUCACGCCGAAGGAAUUUGUCACGUUUUCGUUGACAAUGAAGCCGAUCCCUUUAAAGCCCUGAAAAUAGUGAGGGAUGCCAAAUGUGACUAUCCAUCAGCUUGCAAUGCAAUGGAGACCUUAUUGAUUCACGAGGAUUUACUGGGCAAUACCGGAGGUAGUGGAUCCAGCACAGGGACGUUCUUUGCGGAUGUCUGCUCCAUGCUCAAAAAUGAAGGGGUGAAAAUCUAUGCCGGUCCUUCGUUGAGUAAACACCUGACAUUUGGACCACCACCUGCCAAGUCGUUACGCACGGAAUACGGCGGUUUAGAGUGCACCGUCGAAGUCGUCAAGGGCCUACACGAAGCCGUCGAGCACAUCCAUCGUUACGGCAGUUCGCACACUGACUCGAUUGUCACCGAAAAUCGAGAGAAAGCUGAACAAUUUCUCAAUAAGGUGGAUAGUGCCUGCGUCUUUCAUAACGCCAGUACGCGUUUCGCGGACGGCUAUCGAUUCGGAUUGGGAGCCGAAGUGGGGAUCAGCACUGCCCGGAUUCAUGCCCGCGGUCCAGUGGGCGUCGAAGGUCUACUGACAUCCAAAUGGGUUCUUCGCGGAUCGGGAGACGCGGCUUCUGAUUUCGGACCGAAUUCCGGCAAAGGGUUUCUUCAUCAAUCUCUAUCGAUCGAUGCUAAACAUCCCAUUUCUGUUGAUUGAAAAAAGAUGAAAGAAUUUUUGACGUGUGUCGUAAGAGUUGUAUAAUGAUAUUCUACGGUGUGACUGAAGAAUUUCUGUAAUACCGCCAGCAGCUGCCCGUGGCUUUUGAUGAAACGUCUGCCUUGUGUGUCGUGUAACAGUUAACAUAGUUCUUUGAAUAGCGACGGUGCGUAUGCAAUAAGAAAAAUAUAACAAGAGUUAAAAGUGUAUAA